AUGGUUGCCGAAAACGAAAAGUAUGUUUCAUUGAAAAAAGAAUCGGAGGUAGAAGCACAAAAAGAUGAUAAAGACACUCAUCAAAUGAGUCACAAGGAAUGGAAAAAAAUGAAACGAAAACAGAAACGACAACUACUGGCGAAAAAUCGAAAAUCAGAAAAUACAAAUAUUCAUGAAGGCAGUAGCUCUGAUGAAGAGAAAAAAAUACGAGAAGAAAAGGAAAAAGAAAUGCAGCACAUUUUAUUUUUAGAAAGAGAAAAAUUAGCCCAACAAUUAUUUCAAGCUAAAAUAGAACGACAAAAAAAGGAGAAAGAUUAUCUUGAAGAACAACAGAGAAAAAUUAAAGAAGAAUGGGAGGAACUUCAGAAAAUGGAAGAGAAGGAAAAAGAUAGAAGAGAAAGAGAUGAACAGAGAGAAAAAGAUAGAAAGAAUGCCUGGCAUAAUCCUAUAGCUCCAGUCAAUUAUAACAGUCAAAGACCACAGAAUAAUUGUCCAUUCUUUAUGAAAACUGGAGCCUGUAAAUAUGGUGAUACCUGUUCUAGAACUCAUGAAUAUCCAGCCGAGAGUAAUACUGUUCUUUUACCAGGAAUGUUUAGUCAUUUUAGACUAGAUCAAACAUUAAUAGAUGAAUAUGAUACAGAUUUAAGUUUAGAGUAUGAAGAUACAGAUCUAUAUAACAGUUUUCUAGAAUUUUAUCAAGAUGUCUUGCCAGAGUUUCAAUCUAUAGGAAAAGUCAUACAGUUUAAAGUCUGCUCUAAUUGUGCACCUCAUCUUCGAGGAAAUGUUUAUGUUGCCUUUGAAAAACCAGAAGAUGCUAGUAAAGCUAUAAUUAAGUUUAAUGGUAGAUGGUAUGCUGGUAAACAGUUAAACUGUGAAUAUAGAACAAUAGACAAAUGGAAGUCAGCUAUCUGUGGACUGUCUUUUCAGAAUUCCUGUCCUAAAGGCAAUGUAUGUAAUUUUCUUCAUGUGUUUAAAAAUCCUAACAAUGAAUUUCGAGAUUCAGAUUAUGAUUACCAAUAUAACAGUCGCAAACGUGCAUUUCAUAGAUACGAGUCCAGACAGGGUUCUUAUCGAAGAAUCUUUAAAUAA